AUGCAAAACCAGAGGCUCGACGCAAUCCUCGAGUCCCAUGUCGCAGUCGGGGAGGAGACCAAAGACAAGCUACUGGGCGCAGCUUUCUGUGUGGUAAAUAAAGAUGGCAUUCUUUAUCAGGGCUCCGCAGGCCGCAUAGACCUCCCCGUGAACUCGGCCCCGUUCACCACGCGGUCCUUCACCUGGAUCGCGUCCAUGACCAAGAUCGUAACCGCCGCCGCCGUCAUGCAGGAGGUCGAGCGCGGCACCCUCGGCCUGGACCAGGACAUGCGGCCCCUGGUCCCGCAGCUGGCCCGGAUGGAGAUCCUCCGCGGCUUCCAGGAGGCGGACGGGAAGCCCGUCCUCGAGCCCAACGCGGACCCCAUCACCAUGCGCCACCUGCUCACCCACACCGCCGGUCUAGGAUACGACAAGGCGGACCCGGAGCUGGCGCGCUGGUCCGAGGCCGUCGGCCGCACCGCCUCGGUCUACGACUUCUCGCUCGACGGCUUCGCGACCCCGCUCCGCUUCCCGCCCGGCAGCGGCUGGUGGUACGGCACGGGGCUCGACUGGGCCGCCGAGGCCGUCGCCGCCGCGGCCUCGGCGCGCAGGGGCGCCGAGACGCGCCUCGCUGACCUCGUGCAGGAGAGCAUCCUCGGCCCGCUCGGGAUGCGGAGCACGACCUUUUACUCGCUCCGUGUCAGCGACGACAUUCGGCGCAGCAAGGUCGCCAACGCGUAUCGGGACCCCGAGACCGGGAGGCUUUCCAUCGGACCCCUGGCCAUCCCCGCCGAGCCGCCGGUCCAGUCCGGCGGCGCCGGGCUGUGGGCGACGUGCGAGGACUUUUCCAAGUUCCUCCGCGCGCUGCUCGUCUCCUCGCUGCCGGAAGCCGGCACGGACGCGGCCGGGAGGAUCCUCAAGUCCGAAACGGUGGCCGAGAUGCUGCGGCCGCAGCUGAGCGACAGGCAGCGCGAGGCGCUCCAGAGCGUCACCGGGGAGGCCCAUGACAGCAUGGUUCCCGAGUUCGAAAAGACCACGCCCCUGAACCACGGCAUCAGCGGCAUCAUCAACCUGGCCGACGUGCCCUCGAAGCGCAAGGCCGGGAGCAUGAUGUGGAAGGGGUUUACCAAUGGGCAAUGGGCAAGUUCUCCUCCUUGGAUUGAUCCAAAGGCCGGCAUUGCCGCGGCUCUUGUUGUCAACGUCCUGCCACAGCCCGACCCAGUGGUCACCAAGCUCCACGACGAGCUAGAACGUGCAGUCUACAGAGAUUUAACAUGA